CGGCCUCCCCCUCGCGCCUUUAAAAUCCGACCGGAACCGUCCAUGGCGACACGACGUUCUUCGCGAGCCACUGAAAAAGCUUCUGUUUCUUUCUCGACCCUCUCUUCUAGUGUUCUUGAUCUUCAGAACCAUCACGAGCAACCUCGCCCGUCCUUCCUAAGCUUGGUUGCAGCGGUAGUGUGUAAUGGCGCCGGGGGAGAAGAAGAUCCUGGUGGCGAGGAAGGGCCGGCUGCGGCAGCGCUACGACGGCGAGCACCGCCUCGUGGCCGGGUGCGUGCCGUACCGCGUUGGCGCCGACGGCCACCCCGAGCUGCUCAUGGUCUCCACGCCCAACAGGGACGACCUCGUCUUCCCCAAGGGCGGGUGGGAGGACGACGAGGACGUGCACGAGGCGGCCUGCCGCGAGGCGCUGGAGGAGGCCGGGGUCAAGGGCGCCAUCAACAGAACCGCGCUGGGGAUGUGGGUGUUCAGGAGCAAGAGCAGCCCGGUGAGCGGCGACAGCCCCCGGGGCGCCUGCAAGGGCUACAUCUUCGCGCUGGAGGUCGCCGAGGAGCUCGAGCAAUGGCCGGAGCAGGACACGCACGGCAGGCGGUGGGUCUCACCGGCGGACGCGUACCGCCUGUGCCGGUACGACUGGAUGCGCGAGGCGCUGUCGGCGCUGCUGGAGCGGCUGGCGGAGGCGAAGCCCGCCGCGCCGGAGCUGGAUGACCACAGCGGCGUGUACAUGAUGGUGAAGGCGGCCGCUGCCACCGCCGACCGAGCGGUGGCUCUCUGCUAGCUGCUGUGUGACUGUGAUCUCAAUGUCAAUGUCUAAUAGCAAUCAGAAAUUAAACCGUCUGAAGAAUCUAUGGUUCCGGCAAGGUUUUGAGGUUGUUGUUAGUUCUCUCCUCUCUGUGCAUCUGCCACUGCAACUUCUUCCUGAUGACGGUUAAUUUCCCGAAUGAAAUCUUCGUCGACUUGGAGCCUCUGUC